GUUCGGCGGUUCUGUGUUGUGUUUUCCUGUGGAGCCAGAAUGCAGUAUUAGAACCAGCAUCAACAAAAGAACGGAAACAGUGAGUGAAGUGCAUAUCCAACAACCGAAACUCAAGAAAAGAGUUGGAAUUUGACAGCUCCGGAACGUGAUGAAAGUGCAUCAUCUCCUCUCGGGGAAGGAAGUUUUUCCUACUCCCGGUCGUCGUCAUCGUCGUUGUCGUCUGUUGAUCGGAACAACAUUCGGGUUCGGGUAUUGAUUUUCCUCGGGCCGCCAGAGUCGCGUUUAAUUGAGGUUACUUUUCGUGUGAAACGCAAACGACCGAGAGGUGAAACGCAGCAGCAGCAGCAGCAGCAGUAGCAGAAAGAGAUACGAAUUAGAGUAGCCAUUUGCAAGCAAGCACUAGUGUCGAAUAGAGUAGCAGUAGGUGCGGGAAGAAAGCAACAGACAAAAAAAAUACGGUGGUGCGCGACGGCGAAGGUAUUCAUUCGGGUGCAGUAAAAAGGUCCACGUUCAACCCCCUCGAUAAUGUACUGCUGCCUGUUGUAAGGUACGUUCGUACGUACGUACGGACAUACGGCGGUCUGUUGUGCGCACACGAAAGUGCGAGAUAGAGCAGCAAAACCGCGCGGGGAAAGUAAGGUUGGAUGGAUUUCAGCUCAUUUUAGCUUUAGCCCCGUUAGCGUCGAUCAUAAUAUCGCGAACUGUCGGUUGGUGCAGAGACGAACGAAACACACCAGAAGAAGCGUACGGACAACCGGAAUAGUAGUAGCAGCGGGCGGUGGUGCAGUCAAGUGAGUGGUGGUAAGAAAAGUGUAGUGCACAAGAAUUCAGAUGUGACACAAUCUCCGCCCGGUUCGCGAAGGUCUUUUUUUUUUCGCCGGAGCGGGUGACCGCAAGUCAAGUGGCGCUGUCAAGGCAGUUGUGCUAAGAACAAAGAAGGAAAAAUAGCCACCCGUGUGCAGAGGAGGUUACACCCAAUUUUUCCCGUUUUUUUUUCUUUGGACGAUUUGAACCCGUGGAGAAAAUGAUCCUCCGCGAUCGAAGGUGGUGGUUUCAACUGUGAAAAACGAAUUGUGGAAUAAAUCGUCGUAGCAAAAAAAAAGCAGGCCGUGGGAAGACGACUGCACAUACGUGCCGUGCCAUCCGUGCGUUCGUUCGUUCGUUCGUUCGAUAGGCAAAGUAGGCGAUCCAAGUAGUGGUUUGAUUUUAUUAUAAGUUUUUUUCUCCAUCUACUUUUGCUUGUUUUUGGUUCAACGGCUCACGGGCUCCCGUCGGUGUAGUUGUGUGCGGCACAAACGGUGUCUGUGUCAGUGCAUGCAUGUCACGCGCGCAUUAUCCAAAGUAUUUUGUAUUAUAUUUUCCUUGUCUCACCGCCAACCCGUCGUCGUCGCAGCCGGGCUGACGAUCGAUGGGCCGAGAAGAAGUAAAUCAGAGAGCGAAGCAACAACAGAAGGAGUAAAUAAAAAAGAAGCGAAGGAAAAAUAUGUGCGCGCUCCUCUCCGCUACCACCACCCGGCUCGACCCAGUGAGUGUCAGUGUCAGUGAGUGUGUGUUUGUUGGCUCGACCAUCCAUCCGUCCGUCCGUCUGUUCGUUCGUUCGUUCGUACGUUCGUACGUCGAGAGUCAGUCGGUCGAGUAGAGUGUUAAGUAUUGGCAACAUAGCAGAAAUUAAUAUUGUUUAAGAAGAGGAAGAAAAAGGAGAAAACGUAAAAGAAGAAGAAGAAGAAUAACACACAGAAGUCGACGGGGACGUUGUUGUAGGCCGAGUGGCCGGGGCCGAGGCCGAGGUGAGGAAGAGUGCAGAAGUGCAGUGUUGAAUAAACGCGGAUAGUGGUGGAUAGUGGAAAGAAAACAGAACGAACGAAGGAAGGGGGGUUCGCUGCGCGCGGAGCAAAGAGAGCAAUAUCAUCAAAUGCAGCACAUAGUUGUUUUAUUUUUCGUGUGUUGUUGUUGUUGUUGUUCUUGUUAUUAGUGCUGUUAUUCGCAGCUUAUAACAGUUCCCAGUGCACACAGUGCACUAAUACAGACCGGGUGACGUGAGCGCGGUCCACCACCUCCACACAGAUACAGUUCCGUGCACAGUGAGUUGCUUUGGUUGCUUUGGUUGACGACCGAAAAGUGGAAAGGCAAUAGAUUUCUACUGCCCCCCGAAGUCAGUGUCUUUGUCAGUAAAUUUGCAAGGAACGAAACCGUCUGUGUCGGUCGGUCGGUCGGUCGGUUGGUUCCAGCCCAGUUGUGCGGUGCCAAGUGUUCUCGGGUCGGUCGUGAUCGUGUGUUCGUGUGCCUCCAGAAAGUAACCGAUCUUUUCAACUGUCAUGCACCAACAUCGUCGUCGUCACCAACCGCAGCUCAGUGUCGUCGUCAAGUGUCGCGAGUGUUUCUCGUGUUCGAAUCGUCAUCGACCGGCCGGAGGUACCGCCAGAUACCUCCCCACGGCAGCAGUAAGCCAGUGUGUUCCUCAGUGAUAAGAGGAGGGCCGCCCCGUCCGGUUAGCUCCCGGGUGCAGGUGUACUAAAGCUGGCAGAAGCACAAAAGUUGGCCCGGAACCAAGAGAAGGUCCGUGGCAAGCAGGGGAAGAAAACGGUACACUCAAUGAAGAAUAAGCAGCCGCAGCAGCAGCAGCAGCAACAACAACAACAACAACAACAGGCACCUAAGAAAAAGCAGAAGCAGCAACAGAAACAACAACAACAACAACCGCAGCAGCAACAACAACAACAACAACAACAACAGCAGCAGCAGAAGAAAAACUUGGAUAUCAUGUUGAGCUCUUCCUACUACAUCUAUAUGUCUGCCGGUACUCAGUUGCAGAUGGCACCACAGACAACUAUAGUACAACAGGUCGGCCAAAAUCAUCUCCAUACGCAUCAUCUACAGCAUCCGCAGCCACACUCAGUGCAGCAGCAUCAACCGCCGCCGCCGCCGCCUCCGCCGCAUUACAGCACACCCCAGCAGCAGGCAGCGCAGCAGGCUGUUGUCAGUGGAUUGGGCCUCGGGCCGCAGCAGCAGCAGCAGCAACAGCAGCUCGGUUCGCUCACUAGUCUGCAUCAACAGCAACAGGUGCAGCAACAGCAGCAACAACAACAACAACAACAACAACAACAGUCCCACUACACUAACAACAACAAGGAUCAGGACUCGAACAUGAGUACCGGAUCGUCGCAUAGUGAUAAGGAGCUAGAGACUAUAAUCAAUACACCGACACCGGAGAAGAUUCCCCGGACACCGUCGGAUCGGAAACGGAAGCGGAAAGCACCGGAUGACAACGGUGGUCCGGGCGGGGGAGGCACCGGUCAUAUUCGUGAUAGAGAUAGUGUUAAGGGUCCGCGUUUGUCGAUACCACCAUUAGGCGAUAGUAAGAAAAUCAAUGACUACUUUUCCAAACAUCCGGUGAGCAGUCCGCAUCGGCCCCAUCCGGCCGGAACCGGAGUCGGUGGUCCCCUAGGAGCAAUAAGUAAUUCUGGCCCGCAGGCACAGCCUGGCAGUGGUGUCGGUGGAAGUCAAGGGCAAAGCCAGCAGGUUUCCACCAAAAGUCCGAACCCCCAGCCGCAGCCGCCGCAUGGUCAGUAUCCAAUGUAUCCACCUAGUCCUCAACCACAGCUCGGUUCUGUGGUAACCUCCAGUGGUAAUCUAACCAGCGCCGCAGCGGCACAAGAGUUGUACGUGCGUUCUCAACGCGCCAACGUCGCAUCUUCCACACUAGUUCCUCCAUCAUCAGUAUCCGCCACGUCGUCGUUACUAAACUCAUCCUCACCUGUUGUUUCCGCUGCCGGUGUCGUCGUUACGAAUGCUCAGCAACAGCAACAAUCGCAUCGAGAUCGUGAUUCUCAGCCACCGCCCCCUCCUCUGCCACCACCGGUUGUCAUUCAACAGCAACAACAGCAGCAGGUGCAGCAACAGCAGGUGCAGGCACAGUCACAGGUGCAAGUGGUCACACCAUCGCCGGCCUCCUUGGGGACCCCAAAUUCUUCACUAGCCAUUAAUAGUCUAGCGUCGUUAAAUCAUGCCAACAACGGUACCAGCACUAGCAACAACAACAACAACAACAACAACAACAACAACAACAGCAGCAGUAGUAAUCACAGCAGCAUACCCACGGUUCAAUCGUUAGCUCAAUCGAAUGCCCAACAACAACAGCAAACGCAACCUCUGACACCACCGGCUCCCCUCAUGGUGUCGAAACUGGUCCAGACGGAUCUAACCCUCUCCGAUAUUAGUGACCGCGAUACGGACUUCGAAACGUCGCGGACCCGUGUCGACGAACUGUCGCGGUUAUCCGACGAACAGAAGUGUCAAAUCACCGCCCACCAGAAGGUGAUCGAGCAGCACAAGAGCCACAUCAACAAGUGCAUCGAUGUGGUGAAGAAGCUGCUGAAGCAGAAGAGCAACAUCGAAAAGAAGGAAGCCCGACAGAAGUGCAUGCAGAACCGGUUGCGGCUCGGGCAGUUCGUGACCCAGCGGGUCGGGGCUACCUUUCAGGAGAACUGGACCGACGGUUACGCAUUUCAGGAGCUGGCCAAACGCCAGGAAGAGAUCACUGCCGAGCGGGAGGAGAUCGACCGCCAGAAGAAGCUGCUGAUGAAGAAACGGCCGACGAACAGCGAGAGCGGCCGGAAGCGCAACAACUCGAGCACGUCGGCGGCCGCAGCGGCAGCGGCGGCGGCUGCAGCCGGUUCCACCACCAGUACGGUUGCCGCCGCCAGCCAGUUGGCCUCCUCGCUGCACAAUGGCAACGAAAAUACGUUCCUAAAACCGGACCCGGUGGUCGGCAGCGGUACCACCUUCACCAUCCAGGAGUACUACGAGUGCGACGAAAUCCUGAAGCUACGCCAGAACGCACUGAAGAAGGAGGACGCCGAUCUGCAGCUGGAGAUGGAGAAGCUCGAGCGGGAACGGAAUCUGCACAUCCGCGAGCUAAAGCGGAUACAUAAUGAGGAUCAGUCCCGUUUCAACAAUCAUCCCGUGCUGAACGAUCGGUACCUACUGUUGAUGCUACUGGGUAAAGGCGGUUUCUCCGAGGUGCACAAGGCGUUCGAUCUGAAGGAACAGCGGUACGUUGCCUGUAAGGUGCACCAAUUGAACAAAGACUGGAAGGAAGAUAAGAAAGCUAAUUAUAUUAAGCAUGCGCUACGGGAAUACAAUAUUCACAAGGCGCUCGAUCAUCCGCGGGUGGUCAAACUGUACGAUGUGUUUGAGAUCGAUGCCAACUCAUUCUGCACCGUGCUGGAGUACUGUGAUGGGCAUGAUUUGGAUUUUUAUCUGAAGCAGCACAAGACGAUACCGGAGAAGGAGGCACGAUCGAUCAUCAUGCAGGUUGUGUCCGCUCUGAAAUACCUAAACGAGAUUAAACCCCCGAUCAUUCACUAUGACCUGAAGCCGGGUAACAUCCUGCUGACGGAGGGAAACGUGUGCGGUGAGAUCAAGAUCACCGAUUUCGGUCUGUCCAAGGUGAUGGACGAAGAGAACUAUAACCCGGACCACGGUAUGGAUCUAACGUCACAAGGUGCUGGAACUUAUUGGUAUCUACCGCCGGAGUGUUUCGUCGUCGGCAAGAACCCGCCGAAAAUCUCCUCCAAGGUGGACGUGUGGAGCGUUGGUGUGAUAUUCUAUCAGUGUCUGUACGGCAAGAAACCGUUCGGUCAUAACCAGUCGCAGGCCACGAUUCUGGAGGAAAACACGAUCCUGAAGGCGACCGAGGUGCAGUUCGCCAACAAACCGACCGUCUCGAAUGAAGCCAAGAGUUUCAUUCGAGGUUGCCUGGCCUAUCGGAAGGAGGACCGGAUGGACGUAUUCGCGCUGGCCAAGCACGAAUACCUACAGCCGCCGGUGUCGAAGCACAACCGAGGAGCGGCGGCGGCCUCCAGUCAGAAUCAGCACGGCAGCGGCAACAGUGGAGUGGGGGCCGGUGGUCAGGGCGGUGCCGGUGGUGGUGCUGGUGGUGGCGGUGGUGGCUCGGGUGGAUCCGGUGGUGGCGGUGGCAAUCAAACCGGACAACAGACAUCCUUCUCGACCGGGAUGUUUGGCAACAUGAACCAAUCCAGCUCGUCUUAGCUGUUUUUCAAUGGUUGCCUGAAAGCUUCCACUGCUAGUAGUGCUGCUACUACUGCCGUUGCCAAUGGAAACAUGGUAAAUGUUGCGAUCAGAGCUGCUACUAUGAUCGGACAUCAUCAGACCAACAGUGACAACAAUAACCAUAACAACAACAACCACAACAACAAAACCAACAUCAACAACAACAACAACAAUAAUGUUUCGCCACCAACGUCAUCCAACAACUCACCCAAAUAGGCGCAUGGCGCCGCCUAGGCUUAAUCCCCCGAUGUUCGUACUGUAAGUAAAAAAAAACAAGCAAAUGUGAUGUGCUAAGCAAACAAAAAAAACCGAAACUAAACCCGAUGGAUCGAUGGAGAAUCAGUUUCCCGCCCCCCCUCGCGGUUCCAGUUCCCAAAUGAUGAAGCAACAACAAGAAAAAAAACACCCCCGCAAACACAACCUGGAUACCGGACCGGACCGGCCGACACCGCUGGAAACAGAGUCGACGAAUUGCUUGCUACAACACACACACACACACUCAAACAAACACUUACUACAUACACACAUACAAACUCACUCGAGCGCAGUGCUUCUGCGGAAUCGCAACAAAACAAAACAAAAAAAAAAAGAAAUUCAAUGUUUGCUGUAAGAAAAAAAAAUCAACCAACGUUCAAUAAUGAUGUUCCAACAACACAACAGAAUUAAGCAUACGACAACAAAAAAAAACAAAACAAAAAGGAAAAUAGUCAAGAAACAAUUCAACAAACGCUACCCGGGCCGAGUUAAAAAAAACACUAGAUAAUGUUAUAAUUUCGGUUAUUGUUUCGUGUUUUUUCGUGUACAUACAUUAGGAAGAGAAGGAGAUCAGCAACAAACAGUAAAGACAACGUCAACAACGCUCAUCAGUCGUCGUAUUCUCGAGAAGUAUGUUGGUUGAGGAGGAGGAGGAGAGAUGUAGGGAAGUUUGUUGAAGAACACAAUUUACACAAACACAUACAUACAAACGUACGUACGUACAUACCAGCUCAUCACACAGUGGUAAGAUUAGAGACGGAAACGUGAGGACGCCCCCAGAGGAUGCAUGUCAGCGUACGCGGAACGGUGCGUGAAAUAUUUUCCAAUCAGUUCGGAGAAAUUAUUAUGUACUCUAGUUGGACUCUAGGUUUUUUCUGCUAUCAACUGUUUUAUUUUUUUUCUAGGGUUAGAAUCAAAAUUUUUGAAUUUUGAACAUGGAUGUUUCGAACCGAAAUGGAAAUUUUAUUGUUUUUUUUUUUUUAUUUUAACAUUAUUGUUGUUGUAAUCAGUAAGUAACAGAAUCGGUUUCGAUGUUGGCAGGUGUGUGUGUGUUCCGGGAUUGCACGGGCCACAGUUGACUGGCGUCGUGAAUUUCAGUGUAAUAAGAAAAUGUCAUGCCAAUGUUCGUCACGUCACGUGAGGAGUCGGGUCUUGCUUCACUCUCAAUCUAAGCAGUGGCACAACUGAUGUGAGAUUUGCUCUUUGACAUCAGGUAGCUGUGAAUUGUAUGUACUGUUGUCACGUCAUUUUCUGGAGGGGGAUGACGGAGAGAAUUACAUUUUUUUUAUUCAAUCAAUUCAACAAAGCUUUGAGUACUCAAACUCAAGAGUAGUGUGGAUAAUCUUCUGUCGCAAACCCAAAUUAUUCUUGCAUCAGACGUUGAAAGAAAAUAUGGUGGGAAACAAAGUGAAUAUCGUUCCACCACGUAAUUCCAUUACUGUCACGUCACUUUAUGGAGUGCGAUGACGGUGAGAAUGAGCUUUGUUGUUUCAUCAAUUCAACGAAGCUUCGAGUACUCAAAAUCAAGUACAAGCUUCAAGAAUUUUUGCUUACAUACAAUAUUUUGCCAAUACUGGUCAUGUCACGUGAGGAGUCUGGUCUUGCUUCACCGUUGAUAACAUUUUUGUACCUUAAACCAAGUAGUGAUUAGACUGAUGGGAGAUUUGCACUUUCACAUCUGAUAGUUGGACAUUGUUUUCUUUUCAUAAAUACGUUUAUUUCAUAGGUAAUAUACAUAAGUUUUUCUUCGCCGUAGCAUCAACUAUACAUAGUACUUUAUAAAUUGGAAGUUGUUGUCACGUCAUUUUCAGGAGGGGGAUGACUGAGAGAGUUAACUUUUUUGUUCAAUCAUUCAACUUAAAAGUGCUUAGAGCACUCAAACUCCAGAUUGGUGUGGAUAACCUUCUUCCACUAAACCAAAUACUUCUUGCAUCAAUCGUUGAAAAAAAAUAUGACGGGAAACAAAGUGACUUUGGAUAUUGUUUCAUCACGUAGUUGCACUACUGUCACGUCAUUUUGUAGAAAGUGAUGACGGUGAAAAUGAGCUUUAUUGUUUCAGCAAUUCAACGAAGCUUCGAGUACUCAAAAACAAGUACAAGCUUUAAGAAUUUUUGCUUCUAAUAUACAAUAUUUUGACAAUACUCGUCAUGUCACGUGAGGUGUCGGGUGUUACUUCACUCUUAAUCUAAACAGUGGCAUAAUUCAGAUUUGCUUUUUCACAUCAGGUAGUUGGAAAUUAUGGGCAUUAUUGUCAUGUCAUUUUCUGGAGGAGGAUGAGAGAAGAGAAUUAUCUUUUUUUCAUUUAAUCAAUUCAACGAAGCUUCGAGUACUCAAACUCAAGGGUAGUGUGGAUAAUCUUCUGCCGCAAACCCAAAUAAUGCUUGCACCAAUCGUUGAAAGAAAACAUGACGGGAUACAUAGUAGCUUUUUGUAGAGUGCAAUGACGGUGAGAAUGAACUUUGUUUCGUCAAUUGAAGGAAACUUCGAGUACUGAAACACAAUAUUUUGCCAAUACUCAUCAUAUCACGUGAGGAGCCGGGUCUUACUUGACCGUAAGUAACAUUUUUGUUCCUUCCUGACUCAUGAUAGAUUUGUUAUCUCACAUCAGGUAACCGGAAAUUAUAUGCUCUGUUAUCACGUCAUUUUCUGGAGGAGCAAGCCUAAAAAAAUUUUGCCUCAAUAUACAUUAUCAUGUCACGUAAGGUUUCGGGUCUUACUUCACUCUUAAUCAAAGCAGUGGCAUAAUUGAUGGGAGGUUUGCUCUUUCACAUCAGAUAGUUGGAAAUUAUGUGCAUUAUUGUCAUGUCAUUUUCUGAAGGAGGAUGAAGGAGAGAAUUAAUUUUUUUUUAUUGAAUCAGUUCAACAAAGUUUUGAGUACUCAAAAUAAAGUAAAAACUAUAAGAAUUGUUGCUUCUUAUAUACAAUAUUUUACCAAUACUCGUCAUGUCAUGUGAGGAGUUGGGUCUUACUUCACCGUAGGUAAAAUUUUUGUACCUUAAUAUAUACAAUGACAAGACUAAUGUGAGAUUUGUUAUCUCACAUCAGGUAACGGGAAAUUAUACGCACUGUUGUCGCGUUAUUUUCUGGCGAGGGAUGACGGAGAUUUGCCCAUUUUCAUUCAAUCAAUUCAUCAAAGCUUUGAGUACUUAAACUCAGGAGUAAUGUGGAUAAUUGCUUGCCGCAAACCCAAAUACUUGUUGCAUCAAUCGUUCAGAAAAAAUAUGACGGGAAACAAAGUUGUUUUGAAUAUCGGUCUUUGGAUAUCGUUUCACCACACAAUUGGAAAUUGUAUGGAGAUCUCUUGUCACGUCACUUUGUGGAGUGCGAUGACGGUGAGAAUGAACUUUGUUAAGUUAUCAUUUAAACGAAGCCUCGAUCAAACUCGUACAAGUACUAGCAUAAAUAGUUUUUGCAUCCAUCGGUAAAACUAUACGACGAAAAUGAUCUAACUUACGUUACUUCAGAGGAUUGUUUUCGUGGAAAGCAGAGCAGUGCUCUGCCUUUAAUUUACUUCCAGCUUAAAAUAUUAACGAAAAAUAUGAAAAAUAUGACAACAGGGCGGUCGAACGACAAUGCUCACGUGACUUGUAAUCCGAUUAGCUAGAUAAAAAUUUCGCUGUAAAGAAAUUGGUUUAACAUGAUUUUCAAAAGUCUGCAACCAAAACGUGUCUGUAGUUAAUUUUUAAAAAAUCUGCAGACCUGCACACUUAGAAAAACACGUGUAAAUUUACGUCUUUAUAGAUGCACAUGAAAAGAGCGUCAUAAAUCACUCAAAUUUACAAUUCAAAGCUUGUAAAGAUAAGUCAUAUAUUUAACUUCUCAGUAAAUGAACUGAACUUUACAUCGAUACAGAUACAGCAAUUAUUUUUACAUGGUAAUAGAUGUAAUAUUGUGUCAUCAGCGAAGAAAUUACGGCAUCAAGCGUAAAUUUGUUCUAAGAGUUUGGUCUGCUGUAAGUACUAUAAAAGAUGACACACUGUCCGUAAUCGAAAGCUAUUUUCUUCUGAGAGUCUGUUUUUUAAGCGGUAUGAGAUUGUCUACUGUUCGCAUCCUUUCUCAGAAUUAAAGCAGAGUGCAAAUGACACAAGUCACACGAAGUGAUGCGAGUCACGACAAAUCACGUGACAGAGUUGUUGGAACACGUUGGCGUUCUGAAGUGAGUGACUAGUCACUGAAAACGCUAGUUGUCUUUAUUCUGAAAGAUGCCUCGAAUUUUUCUUCAGGAUCAAGUGAGCAGAGCUUGGCCUAAUUUUAUCGUAUAUUAGGGCAUCGUUCUAAUAUACAGUGAGAUAUGAUGAGAGUUGCCGUCCUUGAGCAGAAAAUGCUCAGAAUAAAGAUCGCCUAUGCUCUUGCGGAACCAAACACACAGUAAGGAUUCCUACAGUCACCGAAUUCUCUAUCAGGAAUUAUCGUGAUUUACGAAUCUUCAUCUCAAAGCUAGGCAGGAAUCUGAACAAUUUGGUUCAAGUUAAACAUUCAUUGAGAGAGAUUUCUGUGCCAACAGUAGAAAAUUCUGUGUCAUUCGGGUUGUCUUCCAGAAUAGAACGUCAUUUUCUAGACAAACUGGGAAAAAACUUUUUUGUAUAGUAAUUGUAGUAAAUUUUGGCAAACAGUUUAUGAAAACCUAAAAUUUCAUGAGCAUUAUUCUAGGACGUGACGGGAUUUAAUUGAACUCACGUGACUAUACAGUUCACUGGUGGUCGAAAACGGGAUUAAACAGAAGCGAAACAAUAAUUAUAACAUGACAUAUAACAAAUCUAACUCCACUGUAAGAAGAGAUUCAGGGUUUUGAAAGGUGAGGUGGCUGUUAUGUGAAAUUUUACAUCGUCAUCCGAGUCGUGUCACGUCACACGUCAAUUUCAAGGUCUUUUUGGUUAUACCCGUCUCCGGUUUUUGGUUCCGCGGACGUAACGGAAAUAGUCAUCAAAAACAAGGUCGAUCAUCACAAAUGAAAGGCCUUAUUGUUUCAUAGAUUAGUUUCAGUUUUGUGAGAAUCCGGUUUCCCGAAAUUGUGGAAGAAUUAAGUGGUGCGUUUGAUGAGCCCCAAAAAUUGACUGCAUAGGCUCUCGGCUGUUGCAAAAGCAAAAACUGUUCGAUGAAUCGGAGCUUGCGAUCGAGAAUGAUGCCCACGUUUUUAACAGACAAAAUUUACUCUACGGGAGAUUCCGCCAUUGAGUAUUCGAAUAAAGUCGACCACUCUGCCCCUGGAAAAGUAUUACAUUUCUUAACAUUCAUUGUCAUGCCAGUUUUGUCGUACAAUUCCAGGACUCUUGUGAUGAUGCGAUAUAUUCCAAAAUUUCUACGGACGACAAUUUACUGCCUAGAUCAGUCAGGAACAGUAUGAAUAAGAGUGGUUCGAGAUGACUCCCUUAUUUUGACUCUUGAAGAACGGAAAUGAUCUGGUUAACAUACCGGAAAACUAUUUCAAUUUGUAGAUAUUACUAUUUGAUGGACAUGCAUGUAAACAUUCAUUUGCAGCAUUGGUUACCAGUUUCAGGUUCAUGGAAUUAGCGGUUGAAAAUUCCUAAACCAAACUUACAUCGAUUUUAUUUUUCAGAUAUGGGUUGAGCUUUGGGAACUGAUUCUAGCUCAAGGAAGCCAUUGUGUUCUCUGGCUUGUCAUAAUGGAUGCAGGUUGUGUCGAAAAUUACUAACCGAUACCAAAAGUUCAACCGAACCUGCAUCCAAAAACGCUUCCGAAGUGCAUUCGCGUUCGUGUUUUUAGUGUUGAGUGAGACCUCAGUUUCAGUUUCGACUCGACUCGAAAAUCACGUCGGAAUCUAGAGGAGAACUAGCCCAGUAAUAUUUAUCCAACCUUCCUUUCUUCGUCGCUUGACUGCUCAAGAAAUGGUUUUUAUGUAAAAAGUUCGAUUACGAGAGGGGCCAGGCCCCCCCCCCCCCAGAGUUUCAGCUGCCACGUCACCACAUGAGGUGAUGUGAGUUUUAGAAUUGUACCUAUGCUAAAGUGGUUAAUAAAAGCAUGGCAUCUAAUAUUCUGCCAUCUGCUGAAUUAUUGGCCAUCUCAAAUAGUAUAUUCCUCGAUUUUCGGAAAUUUUUUCAGAUUUAGAGCUAUGGUUACAUGAAAAUUUCAUACCUUUCUCGGAUUUUCCUCCGUGCAAGCCAAGUCAUUCAAUGCUAAUGAAAAACUAGAUCCGGUAUGAGGACAGAUGAAGGAUUCAAAUCUCAUCAAACAAGGCAUUGAAAGGAGUGCUAAAAUUGACAAUUUCUAAGCUAUGAAUUUUCUUAUGUCACGUGAUGUGACGAAUAUCAAAACGUGAGGUGAACUCCCAGUAAGGAGAAGUGACAAGACUUCCUUUCGACACAAUUCAUUGAUACUCCCGAGAAUUAUUUAAUCGAGUGUCACGCAAGUAGCUCACUGAUUGUGUUCUCUGAGGACGUUUUUACUUGCAACAGAAUCCAUAUUCAUAAUAAAGAUUAUAGAAUUUUCUGCAAUCUAGCCCAAUGUAAUGUGAUGUGACAACGUGACAUAACCGAAAAAAUAGUAGAUGACUUUUAUCCGUUAGCAUUGAGAAUGGAAAUAUGAAAAUGCAGAUAUGCUAGUUUCUCACUUCUAGAACGUUUCUACAGUUCAGUACUGUUUCUUGAUUUCUGGAAGUCAUCAAACGGCAUAUACUGGAUUAGAACAUUUCGUAAAUUGUUUCAAUAUCAUUGAACCAAACUUUGAGGACUAUCGCCUCGGAGCCUCCGAGUUCUAACAUUCAAACGUCUCCCGAAAACUUCACUCUUCCUCUGGGUCAUGAUCAGGCAAAACUGUUACCACACCCGUUGGUACUUUCCGGUUUCCGGACCGCACCGUCACCGAGAACUCGAUUCUGUUUACUUAAUACCACCCACCCGCCCGUCAAAGCAAAAUUCCUUGGUCAAACAACAGUAAGUAGAAGUAUCCCAAUAGUGGGAAGCCUGUGAACGGCUACACAAAAAAAACGAAGCUGUCAGUGUCGGAGCGAUGUUUUCGAAUUUUGUUCUUGAAAAAGCAUGGCUUGCUACGUACAGCACCGAUGCGAAAACAUCGCCUGGAUUGCAACGUUAGAAGAAGAGAAAUAAAAACAACCCCGAAUCGAAAGUAAUUGAAAAUUUGGAGUGAGAGAAAGCGAAGAAAACGAAAAGAAUAUGUGCGCGAAUGAGAGAUGUUAAUUUGCACUGAGCAAAGGAAAUUGUUGUUUGUUAAUUCCAUAGGAUCGAGUCGGAGUAAUUACUCUUGAAGUAAAGAAAAAGCAAAUACAAGGAGAAACAACAGAAGGUGACGACUCGAAGAAAAGCAUCCACUGUUGUAAUGUGGAUGUGUCAAACUUUCUUUCGUUAUUAUUAUUAUUUUUUUGUGUAAAUAUAUUGUUUAGUGUUUGUUUUAUUAAUAAUAAACUAUGAAGUACGGAUUAACAAAGAAUAGGAAACAUUCACUCACACACACACAUGGCAGAGUUACAGACGAAACAAGAUACAGGACGCGUAGAUACACUUCCCUUUCGCGCCAACGUGAUCCCACCUGGGAGGUUCCAUCGUUUAGGGAUGGGCCUGCAGGUGUAAACCAGAAGAGACCGGAAGACACGAAUCGGGACGACCGGCCGGAUGUCUCUGUCUCUCUCUCUCUCUUGACACACUCCUGGUCCGAUCGGUCCGAGCUUCUUGAUAUAUGCAGAGUGGGCGAAAACCGGAUUUUCCACCCCAUUUUUGCAUUAGGCAAAAAACGCCUCUCCAAUGGCUCUAGACAGAUAGUUUAUUGGAAUUCUUUUUAAAUCACUUGAUAGGGAAAACCAAAUACGAUUGUGUGCGAGCGAAAACCUUUUUUAUUUUUAUGGUGCGUGUGAAAGGCGACUAAGCAAGCGCGUGCGAAACACACACACACUCACACACAAACAUCCUUUAAAGAAGUAGAUAAACGGUAAUAACUCGCAGGAAGAGAAAGAAGCAACAAAAUAAAAUAAAAUUAAAAAAAUGAAAACAGAUAGAAAAGAGUGGUUUAUAUGAACUGUUUUUUUUCCUCUGAACAUAGUAAACUAUCAAUAGAAACGUGAACAUAGGUUGAAUAAAAUGCGAUGUAAUCUCUUCUUAAAUUCUUAAGGAAAUGAUAAAAAAAAGAAAACAAAAAAACAAACGGUGAUCAGCUUAGGAACGACGUUUUUUUCCGAACUCACUCACACACACACAUAGUAGGAUAAAAGUAACAAAACAAAAAGAAAAUCGAAAACCGGAAACGUGCGGAGGAAUGCUUCGGUUCCAAGCAAGUAUUCUUCUGCCCCGGGGAAAAAAAUGGCCUGCUGGAAGCGGGUCGGCUGCGCUCAAAACGAUGACCGGAGUAAAAAAAGAUGUAAAACAAAUUGAGAGAAAAAAAAAGACGUAUUUCCAAGUCAAACGAAGUAAAAACGCAGAGACACAGACACACUCACACACAAACAUUAAAACAAACAAGCUUAUUAUUAGAAGUUGAAAUAUCAAGUUUAGUGGUUACAUUCAAAUAAUCAAUAAUGAAAGAGGAAAAACAAUUAAAAAAUAAAGCGGAACGCGACGAAAGUAAAGCCAGAGGUCAAUGCGGAAGAAACUAAGAAAGAAAAAAAAAGUAUAUAUAUAAUAAUAGGCGUUAGGCGCGAAAGGGAGAAGGCAAGUCGAACAUGCAUGCACGGCGGUUCUGUGAAUGCGAGAAAGCGAGAGAUACGAAGGCCGUAUGUGUCCGUGGGUGUGGAUGAUAAUCGCGUGUGUGCGUGCUCUGAAAAACCCGUGUCUGACGUGGAAAAAGUUUAGCAAAGUGUGAGCCAGCAAAAAAAAAAACGAUAAAAAAUAAACAGAAAACAAACGGAAUACAAUGUGAAACCGAAGAAAACAGAAAGAAAGAGAAAGAGAGAGAAAUGAUACACUCGAGAAAAAGCAAAAUCGUGAAUGUCGAUGCAAACAACACAUUUAAUAAAUUUAAAGUAAUAACUAUUAAAAAACUAUGAAUAAUUAAUGAAAAAAAAACACA